AUGUUCGAACUUACUGGAAGGUCCAGACGCCAUCUAGAAGCCAUUCGUGACGAGGGUCCAUGUUCUGUUCGUCCCAUGACAGUAGAUGUCAGGCGACAUCUUGGUUGGAACGAUGUCCUCGUUCCCCGCGUCUUCGAGUCAUUCCGGUGUGGAGGUGAAUGCAAAUUCCCGUUGGAUACAAGUGUAAGUAAUUUUUGCUUUCAGCAAAAUAUUACAAAUUGUCCUUUCUUGAACACACUGGUUUAGAGCGAAACAAAGCUACUCUCUCCUUGCAGUAGGUAGUGUGAGUGAAACGCUCGUGCGUGCUUCCUUUUGUACCUUCGGCAUGCAAGUCUUAGAAGUACCUCCUCCGUCUCCUUAGCUUGAGUUACAGCAUCUCUUGUGGGUGAACGACUUUUAUGUAUCUCAAUGAUAAAGGAGAAUGUGGUUGAGUACUCGGUCCCCAGGGCUCCACUUAAGGUGGCUCGACUGGAUUUUUUUGGGAGGAUACCUCCCAAGUUUGAGCAUAAACUACGUCGCCGUGAGUAAAGAUAUGGGAAGAAGAUUACCACAACUGUAUUAUAUAAAGAUGAAAAUUUCUUAUGAUCUGGGUUUUAUUGCAAUCGGAGUCACCAUGGGAACGUAACGACGCCAUUACGUUUUUUUAUUUAUCUUUGUGUUUCUCUGUACCGGGAGUUUUUUUAAAGAAAUCGCUUAAGGGAGUUUGUAACUGCCAUAAUUACCUCAAUUAUGUCAAAGUUUGAACAAAUUCUAUGAGAGCGUUUUCGAAAUAUUUUGAAACGAAGUUUUAAGCAUCAUGAAAACAAUGAAAUAGCAAGCUAUCCACACAAUUAGCUAAAUUUUUAAGAAAAUGAUGAGCUUUGGAAACGCGGCUUCAUCUUAUAAUGGUUUGAUUCCAUUGACAACUGCGUACAAGAAAUGAGGGCAAUUGCUCUGGGCGAUCGCGAGCAAGAAGAAUUUUAUUAACUUGCAUUCAGCUGCUUUUGUUACAGUUUUUGCACGUAAUUUUGUCUAUGCCUACAAUUUUCGCAUUUUUCAAAUAACCGCUCGAUAAAUUUUAAUAUAAAUUUGACAAUCCCGAGAUCAAUUGCCAGUAAAUAUACCCUGCAAGUUUCAAGAACAUUGAAAGCAGAGAAGGCUUUUAAAUAGGGCCUCAAAUAUGACCAAUUUUCCCCCAGGUUUGAUGUUUUCAAGUGAGCGUCCUCAUUAUUCACUGGCAUUGUUUCCAAGUUUCAUAUACACGUGCACAUUUAGCAAAAAGAAAUAAAUUUGCAUCAAAAAGAACUCUCGAUUACGUUCGGAAGAAAUAUCCAGAAUAUGCUAAUAAUUAGCUUGAGUCACAGAUAGCACUGAGAGCCGAGACGGUGAACGUCACGGCUCAUCGUGUAGGAUCCAAUACUUAGUUAUCUUACUCGGGUUAUAACAUCACAAACUCUUACAAAGAGUUGCUGUGAUGUUACAUUAUAUCACUGUUUUCUUUACCCGAUUAUUAGCAUACUCGGGAGAUUUAACCGAGGGUCCUUUUUGAUGCAAAUUCUAUCUUUUUGAUAAAUGUGCAAGUGCAUAUGAAACUUGGAAACAAUGCCAGUGAAUAAUGAGGACGCUCACUUGUAAACACAAAAUCUGGUGGAAAAAUUGGUUAUAGUUGCGGCCCUAUUUAAAAGCCUUCUCUGUUUUCAAUGUUCCUAAAACUUGCAGGGUAUAUUUAUAGACGAUUGAUCUCGAGAUUGUCAAAUUUAUAAGAAAAUUUAUGGAGCGGUUUUAUGAAAAAGGCGAAAUUUGUAGGCAUGGACCAAAUUACGUGCAAAAACUGUAACAAAAGCAGCUGAUUGCAAGUUACUAAAAUUCUUCUUACUCGCGAUCGCCCGGAGUAAUUCUCCUCUAUUUUUGUACGCAGUUUUCAAUGGAGUCAAACCACAAUGAGAUGAAGCCGCGUUUCCCAAGCUUAUCAUUGUCUUAAAAAUUUAGCUAAUUGUGUGGAUAGCAUGCUAUUUCACUGUUUUUAUGAUGCUUAAAACUUCGUUUAAAAAUAUAUCAAAAACGCUCUCAUAGAAUUUGUUCAAAAUUUGCCGUAAUUGAGGCAAUUAUGGCAGGUACAAACUCCCUUAAGCGAUUUCUUAAAAAAACUCUUGGUACAGAGAAACACAAAGAUAAAUAAAAAACGUAAUGGCGUCGUUACGUUGCUAUGGCGACUCCGAUUGCAAUAAAACCCAGAUCAUAAGAAAUUUUCAUCUUUAUAUAAUACAGUUGUGGUAAUCUUUUUCCCAUAUCUUUAUUCAUGGCGACGUAGUUAAUGCUCAAACUUGGGAGGUAUCCCCCCAAAAAAAUCCAGUCGAGCCACCUUAAGAAAGCAGUCAAAACCAUGGGGAAAAUUGACCAAUAACAACGCGGGCUCGAGUAUUGGAGGUUCAUUCUUUGGCCCUCUAUUACAAUUUUCCCCAUGGUAAAGUACCCCUUUUGAACGCUUUUAUAGUUAGGGAUAUGUAUACAUGAUCAGUAGAAAGAUUAUUUGUACCACGUGACCAAAUUUUCAAUUUACUUAUCGUUUACUGUUCAUUAUAACUACACGAAAAUCGGUAGAUUCACGCCAAUUCUAUCCAUACAAUUGUCUUAAGCUGUUUUUAUCUGUUCAUUUCUCAUUUUGAAAAUCUCACAUUUGCCGUUUGCCGUAAACCCGAUGCUUAAUCUCUUCAGUAGUAUCUAAGCAUGGCAUGUUUGUGGGGUCGUGUACUAGUCACCGAUCCAUGUGCUUGGACGGGGAAACCUGCAAGUUUGUUAACGCUUCUCUGUUUUGAAACGAUAUUAAAAGAUCUUAUUAAAAAUAGGACUGUCACAUUUUUUUUAUGCUUAAGAAGCUUUAAGAGAGAGCAUUCAACUAUUUUCUAGGUAAAUCCAAGCGAACACGCCAUUUUGCGAACAAUCUUACACUCAUCUGGACUGGAUCAAGGUGCCGGAGAGCCGUGCUGCGUACCGAUAAAACUGCGCGGUGUAAGCAUGUUCGAAGAGGAUUCGCAGGGUCACAUUGAGCUGAAAACCUACCAAGGAGCGAUUGUUGAGGAAUGUGGAUGUCGCUAA